AUGGACACAAGCGAGUUGUGUGAGGGGUCGCAGGAAGUGGCUGAAUCACUAGUUCUUCGUUAUUCUCUGAUGUUUAACGUGCUCUGUGGAGUGACUGCCAUUCCUUUGGUACUGUGGGUGAUCAAAGCCACUUAUAAUCACAAACUAGUUCACUACAACAUCAAAUGGAUCCUUAUAUUCCACUUAUCAUGCCUUGUCGCUCACGACAUCUUCAGGAUAAUCAACCAUGUUUGGGACAUAUCUAUUUUUUUGAUGUCAUCACCUGGGGAUUGUAAUGUCUUCGAUAUUUCACGAUGUAUAAUAAUACGAGCACCCAUCAAUCUUACAAUGUAUUUGGCAUUCUCCGGUACUUUCAUGUUGUCGAUCGAAAGCUAUACUCCUAAGGCCGACUUUGGCCUUGACAUCACCGACGAUGACCAUGAAAAAAGCAUGGUGCUCCCAGAAAUACCUUUCCAGGUUCAUGUAGAGUGCUACCAGCUCCUCAUCCACAUUGUGACCGCGGUAGCAUUCAUGUGCAUCGUUUACAUGAAGUUGGACUAUCAGAAGCUGAUGACGUAUUGCCUGAUCACCAGUCUGUCACCGCCUUCCUUGGUUUUAGGAUCUAUUUUCUCUUUGCUGAUUUUACAAGUCACUGCUGUGGUCACAUUUGAAGUAUUGAUGCGAAUCAAUAAGGCGAAGAAGCGAAAUUUGCUGCAUAGCCGCAAUGUUCACUUCAAUGGUGGUGUAAUUUCGAAGCUUUAUCAAGUUCGAGAGAACGUCAGAACGAUGAAAACAUUGAUGUUAUUUUUCCUGCUCAGCUGUGUGAACAGUUUUUGUUACAACUUUCUUCGAGGUUUCGUACAUUGGCACAAACCGAGAUUCUCUCGUCCCCUGUUUUUCGCUCUUAUUGAAGUUAGCAUUCAUCUGCCCCAAUUCUCUCUCAUACUGCCUGCCGUGUUAUGGUACAGCUAUCGCAAAGUCUCACGAGAGGCAGAAGUAAAGCACCGAGAAAAAUUGGAUCGGGAUGCACCAGAAAACACAAAGCUUCAUUUUGACAUGAUUGCUGAGUCGUGGAAGUGA